GACCACAAAAUACAGAGCAGUAAGAUUGAUUUCCCAGUUGCAUUCUCAUAUCUCUCUCUCUCUCUCUCUCUCUCUCUCUCUCUCUUAACUACACAGCGAGAUCGAGCAAAAAAGAUAGAAGAUAAAUCCAAUGGAGUAUGAGAGGAUUGACAAAGUUCAGAUGGGCAUAAUUUCCCCUAGUAAGUUGAGGCUGAAACUAAUAGGAUCUUCACAUCAGAAGAAGAAGGAUGGAACAAAUAAUAAUUCAUCAAGAACAUCUCCAGCUAGGCUUGAUGAUGAUGCAGAGUUCUUGAAAAACAAUUUGUUAGCUACCAAAAAUGGAGAUUUUGACAAUGAGGGUGGCUCAAAAGAUUCUAGUGAACCUUCUGUUCACUCUGUAGCUCCCAGCAUAAAUUCAUCCUCUGUAAAAGCAUAUGGAGAGGGAAUGUCAAAUUCUGGCCAUGGUUAUCAGACUGGUUCUAGGCAGAAGGAUAUACUGUCAAAGGAAAUUGGGGAUAUGGGUCAUAUGAAAAUUCAGCAUUUAUCAAAGGGUAUUAGCGGGAACUUCAGCACAGUUCACCCAGUGAAAUCUCAAGAAGAAGAUAGUCCUGAUCAUGAGAAUAAUUCUAAUUCAUCUAACUUUGAGUUUCAUAAAGGUGAGAAGUCCUUACAUAAUCCCAUGGUGAGACCCUUCUCUCGAUCAAUACCUUCUAAGUGGAAUGAUGCAGAGAAAUGGUUGGUGAAUAAGCAACCAUUACACACUAAUCAUUCUAAGAAGAUGAUUUUGCAAAGCCAAGUGAACCGGAAAACGACAGCAAACUUGGGGAAGGUUGUCCCUGAAUUCAACAAUUCUGAACAAAAGGCAUCUGUUAUUCCAGUGGUGGAUAGUAAGCAGAUUGAUUCCCAUCAUUCUGCCUCACAAGCAGCUCCAGCCAAUGCAGCAAUUGAUCUUUGUCCCCUCGGCAAAGAUGAGAAGGAAAUGAAUAGAAAAGAAUUAUCUGAUCCAUGGCAGUUUACCACAAAUACAACAGAUAUUCCUAAUAUAAGGUCAGUGGCAAUGAGAGACAUGGGAACAGAAAUGACACCUGUUACAAGCCAAGAGCCGUCAAGGACCACAACUCCUGUAGGAGCAACCACUCCCCUUCGUAGCCCAACUUCCUCAAUUCCAUCAACCCCUAGAAGAGGAGCACCAGCAUCCACACCUUUGGACUUUAACACAGAUAACGACGCAGAACAUCAAAAAGAAGAUAACAAGAAACAGCUUUCUGAGCAAGAAUUGAAGAUUAAGACAAGAAAAGAGAUUGUAGCCCUUGGUGUUCAACUUGGAAAGACGAACAUUGCUGCUUGGGCAAGUAAAUAUGAUACGGAAAAGAAUGCUCCUUCAGUUGAACACAUUGAUGCGGAGGAACAGAUUAAAAUCGAAUAUGAAAAUCGUGCAGCUGCAUGGGAAGAAGCCGAAAAAACAAAACACACAGCCAGAUAUAAGCGUGAAGAGAUCAAAAUUCAAGCAUGGGAGAGUCAACAGAAAGCAAGAAUAGAAGCGGAGAUAAGGAGAAUAGAGGCCCAAGCUGAACAUAUUAGAUCCCAUGGUCAAGAGAAGAUGAUGAAAAAGAUUGCAAUUGCAAGGCAGCGAUCGGAAGGGAAAAGGGCUGCUGCGGAAGCCAGAAGGAACAGGCAAGCGGCAAGAACUGCUGCACAAGCAGAUUAUAUCCGCCAAACAGGCCGCAUUCCACCUUCCCACUUCAUCUGUUGCACUUGGGCAUCAUAAAAAUUUUAGAAUGGCCAAGGAAAUCAUCUCUUGUACAAGCACCAAGUCAUAAACUGUCUUUCCUACACUUCUUUGGGCACAUAACAUGUUAUGUCAACCCUUUCCAACUUUGGUGAGGGUUCUCAUUGUGUAAUCUGUAAACUUGAAAAGUGAUUAGUAUGGUUUUUGUAGUCAUGGUUAUAAGUAA